AUGAGUCAACUAGCAUCUUCUAUGAGUAGAUUGGAAUCUCAAGGUAAAUUGCCCUCACAAACUGUUGUUAACCCAAAACAAAAUGCUAGUGCAGUUACCUUGAGAAGCAGGAAAGAGUUGAAGGAACCCAGUAAGGCAGCACGUGGAGAAGAAAUUAAAAAAGAAGUAGUUGCUCCUCAACCUCAAACUGACCAGCCUAGAGGACUUGAUAGUGAACAACCAAAGGCAUUGAUGACAAAUCCUCCAUUUCCUACUAGAUUGACUAAAUCCAAGAAAGAAGAGGAAGAGAAGGAAAUUCUUAAAACUUUUCGCAAGGUUGAGGUAAAUAUUCCCUUACUUGAUGCAAUUAAACAAGUGCCUCGAUAUGCUAAAUUUCUCAAGGAGUUGUGCACCAACAAGAGGAAGUUGAAAGGUAAUGAAAAGAUAAGUCUGGGGGAAAAUGUUUCAGCCAUCCUCCAGAAAAAAUUACCUCCAAAAUGCAAGGACCCAGGUGUGAUUAUUCAACUUGCUGAUAGAUCUAAUGUAUAUCCUGAAGGAGUCGUGGAGGAUGUCUUAGUACAAGUUAAUGGGUUAGUCUUUCCUGUUGAUUUUUAUGUUCUUGACAUGGAAGAAGAUGAUUCUUCUAAUUCAACACUAAUGUUAUUAGGAAGGCCAUUUCUAAAAACAUCUAGGACAAAAAUUGAUGUGCAUGAUGGAAAUCACGUGCAGGAAAUCACCAACGAACAAAGGACAUUACAAUUGCAAGAGUUGGAGGAAAUCUACAAUGAUGCCUAUAAAAGCUCGAGAAUAUACAAAGAAAAGACCAAAGCCUUUCAUGAUCAACUAAUUUCUAGGAAAAAAAUUUCUAUUGGUCAGAAAGUUUUACUUUAUCACUCUAGACUGAAGUUAUUUCCUGGUAAAUUGCAUUCUAGAUGGGUAGGUCCUUUUAUUGUUACUAAUGUAUUUCCUCAUGGUGCAGUUGAAAUACAAAGUUCGGAUACAAGUAAAACUUUUAAGGUCAAUAGUCAUCAUUUGAAACCUUUUUAUGAAGGUUUUCAAGUGUAUAAUGUUGAUCAAAUUAUUUUGGAAUGUCCGAAUUAUGGCGAUUAA